AUGCGUGAAACGCCAACGGCGACCUGCAGUCCCCUGACGUCACCGGCGGCGCUCCGCGCGGGGGCGGGGGUGCACAUGCUCAUUGAAGGCGGCUGCGCUCUGAUGACGUCACCGCCGGAAGCACCGCCUUGUGAUAUCCGGGCCCCCGUCACUCGGUGCUCUUGCUUGCUGCGGCUAGUUUGUUGGCUGCCCGGGAUGAGUAAGCGGAAGGCCCCACCGGAGAGCCCCAAUGAGGGCAUCACGGACUUUCUCACCGAGCUGGCGAACUACGAGCGGAACGUGAACCGCGCUAUUCACAAGUACAACGCGUACAGAAAAGCAGCCUCUGUGAUUUCCCGGUAUCCCAGCAAGAUCCGCAGUGGGGCUGAGGCCAAGAAGCUGGAUGGAGUAGGCGCUAAAAUAGCGGAGAAAAUAGAUGAGUUUUUAUCCACUGGAAAACUACGCAAGUUGGAAAAGAUUCGCCAAGAUGAUACAAGUGCAUCUAUCAACUUCCUGACCCGAGUUACUGGCAUUGGUCCUGCUGCUGCUAGGAAGUUUGUAGAGGAAGGAAUUAAGACUUUAGAAGAUCUAAGAAAAAAUGAACACAAGCUGACCCAUCACCAGCGAAUUGGGUUGAAAUAUUUUGAAGAUUUUGAGAAAAGAAUCCCAAGGAAAGAAAUGCUGCAGAUGCAGGAAAUUGUGCUGAAGGAAGUAAAGAAACUGGACCCGAACUACAUUGCUACAGUAUGUGGCAGUUUUAGGCGAGGCGCAGAGUCAAGUGGGGAUAUGGAUGUUCUUCUAACCCAUCCAAGUUUCACAUCUGAAUCAUCCAAACAGUCAAAACUCUUGCAUCAAGUUGUAGAACAACUGGAAGAAGUUGGCUUUGUCACAGAUAUGCUGUCUAAAGGUGACACCAAAUUCAUGGGUGUCUGUCAGCUGCCAAAUAAAGACGAUGGAACAGCCUAUCCACAUAGGAGAAUUGAUAUCCGGCUCAUUCCGAAAGAUCAGUAUUACUGCGGUGUACUAUAUUUCACAGGCAGUGAUAUAUUCAAUAAGAACAUGAGAACUCAUGCUCUGGAAAUGGGCUUCACAAUCAACGAGUAUACAAUCCGUCCCCUGGGCAUCACGGGAGUUGCUGGGGAGGCCCUACCAGUAGAAUGUGAAAGAGACAUCUUUGACUACAUCCAGUGGAAGUACCGAGAGCCGGAGGAUCGGAGUGAAUAACUGCUUGUCUAGGUUUGUGACUUAGUGAGACAUUUUCAUAGCUCUUCAUGAACAGAUCAAGUGCAUAUUAAUUUCUUGAUGACUACUGCAAAAAAGUACAUUACUGGUGCUUUAAAGUAAGUCCAUGGCACCAGAGUAACAGGUAGUGAAGACUAAAUCCUAUAAGACCUCAUUUUUGUAUCUUUCUCUUUAUAUAUAAAGCUUUUAAAGCAAGUUAAAGCAUUUACUGUACUAUCUGGUUUAACUGAAUGAACUGUGAUACUAAGAAAAACGUGGUAAAUGGGUAUGGUAGUCAGAUGCCUUGGAGAAAGUGUCUUGUCAGUGGCUUUGGGGUUUAGUAAAAAUCUUACUAGGCAAUAAAUCACAGGUUUCUGUUCAACCCCUGGGGAGUAGAAAGUUCUGAUUUAAAGGCAAAAUGUUUUGUUUUAGUGAAGUUCUCACAGUUUGGUUAGAAGAAGACAGCUACCACCUUCUUAGCCUGUCUUAGCCUCUUAGCUUGUUUCUUGUAUUAUCACAAGAGAUGAUCAGAGUACUGAUGUUCUUAUGCUUUAAUGUCAUAUACACAGACAUACUCUGUGCAAACAUCACUUACUAUUUAAUAUUUAAAUAUUAUUAAUAUUUAAACACUGGGCAGUCUGUCAAAGAAAUAGUAUAGCUUUUUUCUGGCUCUUUAUUUUGUGCAACAAUCAUAAAGGCAAGAGGUUGAAAGCCUUAGAAGUAAGGCCAUUGCUUUAGUGCAGUGGUUGCAAAACAUCUCUUAAGUAAUAAAUGUGUGGGGUUUUUCUUGUUUGUUUUGUUUUUAUGCAAUCUGAGUAAUUUUUGCCUGUAGAGCAUCUUGGAAUGUUCAAAUGAAAGUUUUGCCAAUGCAGGCCUCUAGCAUAAACAGCUUGAGUAUAUAAUGUAUAGUAUCUGUGCACAGCAGCAGGCCCUUUAGGAAUAAUCAUAGGUCAGAUCAGGCAAUGGCAGUGAAUUAGUACUUGCAACGUACUGUUACACUUAUAAUUAAACAUACACAGUUAUGAAGUUUCAGCCUGAGACCGGUUCACCCCCUGUAUAAAUAUCAGGAAAGUAAAAGGAUUUUAUUAGGAUAUUAUUAUUAUUAUUAUAGCACUUAAAUCUCAGACUUGGUAUGUUUUAUUUCUGCUUAAAAACAUAUAAUUGGAACACCUAAGAUGUGAGCAUGAGACAUCAACAGCAGAACUGUCUCAAAUUCCAGUGCUGAAGUUGCACCUUGGGACGUGGUUACAGAAUGCAAAAUCAUUAUCAUUGGUGCUACUGAAAUACUACCCUUUUGUGUGACUAUGGAAUGAAUAUAACACAAGCCAGGCAUAACUAAUGACUCUCUGUAUGAUUUCAGGCUCGAGAUCAGACAAAGAUACUAUACUAGAGGUUUGAAAUACCUGGAGCAAACAGGAAAAGGAAAUAGGGUAGAUCUCUCCAGAAAAUAAUUUCCAGUCUGGAAGUGGAAUUUUUAAAUGAUUAUUUGUGUUUUAUGAUGACCGUUUUCAAAAACAUUCAAAAAUGGAGAAAUCUCCUGGGGGAGUUGCUUCCAUUACGACACUUAAGCGUAGUAUAAUGAUACACGUAAUAUAUGUAUAAUAUAUGUGAUAUGACAAUAGUUAAGGGUCAUUUUGCUAUCGAGUCGAAGGGCUGAAGCAUCUAGAAUUUACUAAACUAUUCUUCAGGGUUUUGAAAGAAAAGAAUCUUUAACUUACUUGCCACGGGAGAACGAUCUUCUAAUGCUAGGUCAGCCCACUUGAUAUGCUAUUGUGUAUCAUUUGGGCUUGGGGGCUGUAGAGCAGUUAGGUGCUUUGUCUAUCCUUAGAGGCUGGUAUUUCCUUACUUGCUCCUGUUGGCUCUUGGGAGGAGGAGACCUGAAUUAGUGGCACAGUACACAAAUAACUGAAGUAAAAGGCAUAUCCUUUCUCAUUCUCUUGUUUUGUUUUUAAUAUCUCUGAGGGGGGUUUUGGCAGGUGCUCAGGUGUGAUCAUUGUGCUUCCACACUGACUGGUGUUAACAAGACAAACCGAAGCCAAAGUCCCAGCGCUGAACUAUUUCUGGAUGUUGAGCAGUGUCUUUGUCCUUGUUGGAGCAGACAUGUCCUUCCCUAAGAACUGGCUUACAUAUCUUGGUGCAGAAAUGGUGUGCACAGCAAAGCCCAGAAGCACAGUCUGAAGCAUGAAGACAGCACUCCCUCUUGAUCUGCAAUAAGUAGCACAGAACCUGCCCUUCUGUCCUGCCUUCAGCCACAGUAUCUUGUCCACAAAUUUCUUCUGGCUGCUCUCCCUGUGAAGAACUACUGUUCAACGUACCCUGACUGUGGGUUGAUUACCUUUUUCCCCAACCUGAUUCUGGCUGUCUCCUUCUAUUCAGCCCCAUCUACCCUACCAAAAUGUUUUAAGAGAUCUGGAGCGAAUCCUAACAUUUCCAUGUUUUCCUGUGUAAGGAACAGAUCUGGAAAGUUGCACCAUCUGCAUGCAUGCUGAAGUGCAGUUCCUUCCAGGAGGAGCCAUCACUUGCCCUUUCUGAAAAACUUUCUUCUUCUAUGUGGACACUUACUCCGCAUCUUGGAAAGCAGUUCUUGUUUACUGGCUAAAAUUCUAUUAUAGGUCCUGGAUAGGUAGGCAGAAAUUUUUGUAUGCAUGUGAAAAUUAAUCUUGAUGUAAAAGGGAUUAUUUUGUGCUUCAGCUGCCCUAGCCCUCCUGGUAAGUUCACUGUUUUAAAAGUUGGGUGCUUUUUAUUAAAUAAUAUAUCUGCUAAUGUCUUCCAUAUAGAGUUUUUCCAACUGGAACUGGCUGUAAGUACUACUGCUGUAGCUUUUAAAACUGUAAGGACAUACACCUGUAGUCUGCCUGUGCAGAGAGAUAGAUAUCUAUAUAUUUUUUUAAUAUUGGCUUUGUCUUUCUUCUCUGCACCUUUAAUUAGUGUGUAUUUGCAUAUUCUCUACUCAGGUUCUCUAGAAUGCUUCUUUUGUUUUGUUUUUUAUGUAUCCGUUUCUGCAGCUCAGUAAGUAGGUGCAUGAAUGCUUGUAGUUCUGAUCUUGUGUAUUUAGCUCUUAGUGUAAUGGGCAAAUAGCUGUUUUUAGCUGUUAAGAGCUCCUGAGAGUCUUGUGUUGCUUGAGGAAAGCAGUAGCAGAAGGCAUUCUGUUUCUUUCCUUUCAUCACAAUGUGCCUGUACACAUUCACUAAAUUACUGUUACAAGAAUUGUGCAAUUAUUCCAUUCUCUGUAGUCUAAAACAAAAGAACAUCAUUGUAUGUAACAAUGUGAAGCUUACAUUCAUAAAUGCUCUGGCCAGGAUGGACCUUUCUUUUAUUUAUGAAGUAAAGGAACUUACAGAACAGCACACUGUGUAUGUACUUCUGAUGCUACUGUAAUGUCACAGGAGGCACCUGAGAGCAAUAAAUAGCCAAAUGUUCCAGAUAAUGCAGUGACAGGAAGAGGAGAAAUAGCAGUGAUUUCCUUGUGAUGUAUUUCUCCUGUUAGGCUGAAAUACUUACCCCCCCCCCCCCCAAAGAUAUAACCCUCCAUCCCUUCCUUGAAAUGUUACCUUUACUGUUUUGAGAUCUGAUAUCUGCUUUCUUAAAAGAAUUAUUUUGAUUCUGAACCAUUCUUUCAUCAGUUCUUUCUUCAGUUGGGGUAACUUCAGGCUGACUGCCAACUUCUGGUGCAAAAAAAGGAGCACUAUAGCUAUAGAUAUUGGUGGAAGGUUUGAUGUAGAUGUAAUUUUCUCCAAACAGGCACAGUUUCUGUACCUAGAGAGAAAAAACAACUUUUUUUUCCCUCCCUCUUUGGAUAUUUUCCUAUAUUCAGAGUUCCAUACCUGCAUAAACUUAAAGGCAGACAAGUCCAUUCUAGACAAAGAUCACAGAUUCCAUUUUUGAUGUGAGACAUAAUUGGGGGGGGGGGGGGGGGGAAAUGGGACGGGACAUCAAGACUUGAUCCAAAACCCCAAGUGAUGAACAAUAAGGUAUGUCUCUUAUUUUAGCAGUUAUUCUGAAAAAAUGCACCUUAUUUGAAUAUAUAAAAUUGUCUAAUGUAGGCUUUUGUCAGACAGCUGUUUAAUCCAGCAGCAGCAAUCCUGCCUCUGAAGACUGAAAAUGGAAUGUGAUAGGUUGCUCCUCUUUUGGUUAACCAGGAGAAGAUUGGUUAAGAGACUGAUCUUUGGAAUUGCUAUAGGCAUUCUACCCCUCAGAACUUUAGAUUGCUCUACUAGCUCUCUCCUCCUAUCUGUUUCUGGUUAUCUGUAUCUUAUUUAAUGUAUAUACAGCAGGUUGAGACAUUUGUUAUGGUUGGCUGUGUCCUGAAUUUCUUAUAAAGAGGUAAUGCCAUUUCCUGCUAAUAUCUGUAUCUCCCCUACUCAUCUUUGUGUUAAGCCUCCCAAUGCAGUGCCAAGGCUAAUGCUAAGCUGUUUUCCAUCCCUACUUCUAAGUCCUUUCAUCAUGGCCAUAUGCUAAUGUGACCCCUGUCUUGUAGUGUGCGAUUCAUGCUCUUUGUUCCUAGAUAUGUUGUAGUACUAUCAGUUGCGGGGUUCUAAAUUUUGUUCAACUUGCCAUUACUCAGAAGCCCAGUAUGAUUACCUGGUGCAUUUCUAUCAUUCCAAUAGAGUCAAUAAGCCUUUUUAUCUGCAAACCUGACAACUCUUUUCUAUAUCUCUUCUUAAAUCAUUUUGAAAGGCAACAAAUACUUCGGGCUUGACAGCAUGUCCCAUCAAGGUAGCAUUACUAGUCAUCUUUGAGACGGUGAUUUUGUUGGUUAAAUUCUUGAAAUUAUCAACUAGUUAGUUUUAAUUGAUUUAUUAUAGAGCGUCAGUAUUUUUAAUACCAUGUGGGAGUAAGGCAAAUGCAUUACAGAAUUGCAAGCUUAAACUUUAAUAUUAAAAGACUUGUCUUCUAUGUAGUCAAAUUCACUAUUGCUAAUGCUACAACCAUUUUUUGGAUAAUGUUUAGGGCUACUGUCUCUCUUUAUGAGAGCAGAGAGAGGUUUGCAUCUUUAUUAUUAACGGACUACUUAACCUGACUGGAAUCAUCAAACACAGAUGUAAUACUUUUUUUUUUUCUUAUCCGUCUUGAGCUUACUAUUGCAUUUUUACUUGUUCUUAUAUAAUUACUGUAGAUCACUCUUAGUAAUGGAGACUAUAGACUGAUGCUCUCUUUUUGCCUUUAUUUUCUUCUGUAUUUCCUAUUGGGAGUUUUGAUGCAUUUUCUGUGAAUGUUCCUCAUCGCUAAUGCAUGCAGUGGUAUGUAAGGUGACAGAAGUUGAUUUGGUAGUACGUGAAGUCUUCCAAUGCCUCACAGUAAAGACACCUAAGUGAUGUAUUCAGUGUUUUCUUCAAUAAUAAGUGGGAAUUAACAAAGUGAAAAUUCCAUCAUGUAUGUAUAAUCCUGUUUGAUUCUUAGCUGUUAUUUAACUAGCAUUAAAAAGCUGUAACAGAA